AUGACUGAAUCCACCACUAUUCUCUUCGUUCCAGGCGCAUGGCAUAGCCCUGACUGCUUUGAUCCAGUGGUACAACGCCUUGAAGCAGCAAACUACAAAACUGACAAAGUCCAUUUGCCCUCAGUCGGUCCAGCUGAGCAUCACUUGAGCUUUGAUGCAGAUGUUGCGCAAAUUCGCAGUCAAAUCGAACGAGCAGCAGAUGCCGGGCAAGAAGUCGUUGUGAUUGUUCACUCUUACGGUAGCCUGCCCGCAAACGAGGCAAUCAAAGGUCUAGACAUCAAAACACGCCAGCAGAAUGGUCUGACUGGCGGUGUCACGCAUCUAUUCUUCUGCACGUCCUUCAUCAUCAAGGAAGGAGAUUCGCUGAUUGGCGCUUUUGGUGGAAAUGACCUGCCAUGGUUCAUUGUCAGCGACGACAAGUCGGAAAUCAACCCUGCCGAUCCAGAGAAAACCUUCUAUCACGACUGUGAUGCCGCCCAGAUUGAUACUUCUAUUGCAGCCUUGAAGCCUCACAGUUAUCAGACCCUCCACAGUCCUUGCACCUAUGCCGCAUGGAAAGAUGUACCAAGUACCUACCUAUAUUGUACUCAAGAUGCUGCUAUUCCCCUGGUGGUUCAAAAGGGAAUGGUCGAAGGAACAGCAAAUGGAACUGGGAUGAGAACAGAGACGGUGGACGCAUCGCACAGCCCAUUCCUCAGUAAGCCUGAUGAAGUCACUGCGGCGAUUCGGCGGGCUGCUGGGGAGGUUGUUUGA